ACUGAGGGGUUCAAACCAAUUACUAAAGAAGAUGUAGAUAAUUCAAUAAUGGACAUGGUUAUUGCAUCAGGAGUGUUAUUCAAUAUUCUUAAUAAUCUGUCAUUUCGUAAAAUGGCUAGAAAUCUUUGCUAUGUUACACCUUCAUAUAAGAUCCCACAUUCAACUACGAUAUACCGACAUAUUACCAGCAAUAUAUUUAACUUAAGAUUAAAAUUUGUUAAAGAUAUUUUGGCCAAAACUUCUGGACAAAUUUCACUUACGUGUGAUGGUUGGCACUCAACCGUCUAUAAAUGUCAUUAUAUUGUUAUCACAGAAUUCUGGAUCAGCGAUGAUUGGAGAAUAGUUAAUAUUGUUCUAAGCUUUCAAAA